AUGGAAGCCAACCCCGGCACAUACCUGGUCCCAGCCAACCGGUCCGACGUGGCCAUCUUUCCUCUUCAAGCCACAAUGACACCUGCGGCUCCAGCCCUCCCGGACCUCGAACGGCAAGUCAACGAGGAACAACCCUUGGCCAUUCAAAUCUUUUUCGGACCCAGCAGCCGACAGAACAAACCGAUCCCUUGUACGAUCACAUCACCAACACACUUUGCCAAGUCGGCGGGGAGCCGUGAAGUCACCUGUGACCCCACGGGCCUUUAA